AUGCAGUCCGCCGGCUUCACAGGCCGCCAGGCCACCGCCAAUGCUCAGGAAUCCAUCGCAUGGGGCACCAACAUCGUGGGUGGCGUGACGCCGGGCAAGGAGAGCGAGCACCUCGGGCUUCCCGUCCUGCCGUCGGUCCGGAGGGCCAUGGAGGAGCUCAGGCCCGACGCCACGGGGAUCUACGUCCCCGCGUCCAUGGCGACGCCGGCCAUCGAGGAGGCCAUCGAGGCCGAGGUCCCCCUCAUCGUGGCCGUGGCGGAACAUAUUCCACUGCACGACAUGCUGAGGAUCCACAGCAUGCUCAAGACACAGAGCAAGUCGAGGCUGGUGGGGCCCAACUCGCCGGGCAUCAUCUCGAGCGCCAAGGGGGAGAGAUGCAGGAUCGGGUUCCAGCCGCUGCCUUGCUUCAGCGAUGGCUGUGUUGGAAUAGCUGCCAAGUCGGGGACGCUGUCCUACGAGGCUGUGGCCUCCACGACGAGGGCGGGUCUGGGCCAGAGUCUCUGCAUUGGCGUGGGAGGGGAUAUUCUGCCAGGGACGGACCUUGUGGAGGCCCUGCAGGUGCUGGAGCACGAUCCUAACACCAAGGGCAUCGCGCUCAUCGGGGAGAUCGGCGGAGACGGUGAGAUCCUCGCUGCGCAGUGGAUUACAGACUAUCACGCCAGGACGCCGGUGGCCCAGAGAAAGCCCAUUGUGGCUCUCGUCGCGGGACAGCUGGCGCCUCUGGACCGAGUGAUGGGCCACGCUGGCGCGUUUUGGUCGCCCGGUGAGCCGUCACCCAAGCACAAGGUCGCAGCUCUUGAAGGAGCUGGAGUGACGAUUGUGAAUCAUCCUGCAAAGAUCGGGGUGGCGCUGAGGAGGCUCAUGGAGGGUGAGGGUGUGCAACCCCCCGCGGCCAGCCAUCAGCUCCUCAAGGAAGCCCGACUCGGCGUAGACCUUCAUUUCCACCACCAGCCCACCCGCUACCUUGGCCUCGGCAUCGACCGAGCCACCCGGUCACAGUGUCUGAUGACAGGAAUCCAUAUAUACCCAAAGAGCAAAUACCAGCCGUCCCGCUAUGACAAGAUCAUGCUGCCUCCCAGCGCGGCGGACGUCCUGGCCCUGGAUGGCACCGAGCUGUGGGACGAGAUCGUGGCAACGCUGAUGGCCAAGUUGAAGCUGAACGAACCAGGCCAGCCCGUGUCGGUUGCCACCCGCCUGGGCAAUCUGCUGCGGGACCUGGCCCGCGUCUUCCGGGACAAGGAGGCGAAGCGCGUGGGGUUGCAGUUCGGCGUGCGCAACGUGCGAGGCCGAGAACCAAAGACCGUGUUCCCGGUCUACGACCUGCGCAUCGAGCUGGACGACGCCGCGGCCCGCAGCGCGGGGAGGCUCGCGGACGUGCACUACAAGUACUCGGCGAAGGAGGCGCGGGACCCGGGCGCGAGGGAGGCCGAGGCGGAGGGGAUCGUGUACCACCGGCUCUCCCCGGGGGAGAGGGCGCACAAUAUCGGCACGCUGGUCAACGGGGCCGGGCUCGCGAUGAACACGGUGGACGCGCUGGCGGACCACGGCGGCCUGGCGGCCAACUUCCUCGACACGGGCGGCAAGGCGACGAGUGAGACGGUGAAGCGGUCGUUCGAGAUCAUCUUGAAGGACGACAGGGUCAAGGUCGUGUUCGUCAACAUCUUUGGAGGCCUGACUCUGGGCGACAUGAUCGCGCGGGGAAUCGUGCUCGCGUACAAGGAGGUCGACAUCAGGGUACCCGUCGUCGUCCGGAUCCGCGGCACCAACGAGGAGGAGGGCCAGAGGAUCAUUGCGGAGAGUGGGCUGCCGCUGUACGCGUUCGACGACUUCGAGGAGGCCGCGGAGAAGGCUGUUGAGCUCGCGAGCGGGAUGUCUGCUGCGGAGAGGAGGGUGCGCCGGGCGGUUAAGGAGAGCGAGAAGAAGACCGCUGAGCUCAAGAAGUCUAUCCAGCUCGCUGCGGAGGUGAUGCUGAGGGAAAGGGGGCCCGAUGGUGCCGAGGAGGCUGCAGCGCCAGCCGAUGAGUCUACGGACGAUGCUCCUGCACAAAGUGAUGUGGCACAGGAGCAUACUGGCAGGCCGCAGGACUCUGCAAAGCCUGGGGUCGCUGAUACAGUACGGACCCCGGGUGGUGAUCAUGUUGCCUGA